AAAUGAAGAUUGGUCUUCUAAUUUUUCUUCUAUCGCUUCUGCUGCUUCAGGCAAUCGCUCAAAGGAGAACUGAGCCACAAAGAACUUACCAAGGCGGAUAUACACAAAAUACCAAUACAGGAGUACAAGCUAGAAGCAACUUAUCCCUAAGGAACAAAGCAGGAGGAUACCAGACUUCUGGAGCCACUUCUACAAGAGGUGGAGUUAGGCCAGAGUAUUCGCAGAAUACGAGAUCUCAAACAAAUCAUCAGCCAGCUGGACAUUCAGGAUACACUCAAACUUCUCAUGGGGGUGAGAGAAUUCCAACAGGAUCCUUUGUUGCUGAACCCCUCUUUGUGUCUGAGCCUUUGUAUGGGCAUCCUUACAUUGCAGGCGUAGAAGAAUUUAUUGAACCUGGUCCCAUCAUUGAGCCAGCUCAUGCUGUUACAUCAUUGACUGGAGAAAGGCUAUCCUCUAUUAGCGCUCGUCCUGGGUCAGAUGCUCAUCUUCCAGAAGUAAAUACACAUCAAGAUAGAGCAGUACCUAUAUUGGAAGAACUAUUACUAGUUGAGACCAAGGAGCUUAUCCCAAUUGCUGAAUAUCUAGAAAUAGAUGGUCGCCCUACACAAUCAAGGACUUUCAAUAACUAUCCUCAAGACUACGACGACUUAUUUAGUGAAAUAGAUUUGGAAAUUCUCGCAGCUGAGUUAUUUGGAGAAGAAGAGUCCUCUCCUACCAGGAAAUUUGACUCUUACAACAAAAGCACGAACAAAUAUCAGGAAGAUGAGCUCGAAUAUGAAUUUCCAUCGAUCAAACAAACUCUUGAAGAACUAAAAUUAGCUAGAGAACAUGCAGUUGAUGAUUACAAGAAAGAUCUUGAAUUAGCCAAGCUCGAAGCAGUUGAACAAUACAAAGCUGAUUUAGCAAAGAAGCAAGCAGCAGAAGAAUUGAAAAAGCUGAUAGAAGCUGAAGAGGCUAGGAAAGAAAGAGAGCAAUUCAAAAAUCUUCUUGAGGAGUAUCUUGAGCCAAUAGCUGCUCAAGAAUAUCAGCAAGCUCAGAUAGCCCAAUACCCAAGACCUCAAUCUCAGCAAGUCCAGAAUCAAUAUCAGCAACCUCAACAAGUCCAGAAUCAAUAUCAACAGCCUCAGCAAGUUCAGAGCCAAUACCAGCGGCCUCAGCAAGUUCAAACUCAAUAUCAGCAGCCUCAGCAAGUCCAAAGUCAAUAUUAUCAACAACAACCACAGAAUCAACAAGCUCAACCUCAAAGAAAUGUGAUUACUGCUAAUCCUCAAGAACUUGAAAUCCAAGCUGCACUUGAACAAGCUGUCAGAGCUCAUGAAUCUGAAAAGGCUCAGAAUCCUAAAGAUGGAGUGAUCUCAGAGAAAUGUGCUUUCACUGUGAAAGAGCAGACUGAUAGCCCUCCUCAAAUGCAGGCAAUGAAUAAUCAAGGAAAUUACUACUCUCAACAGAACCAGAUUGAAAAGAAUCCUAAUCCUAAUGGCUACUAUGCAAAGAAUAAUGUAAUUGAAAAUGUCCCGAAUGCUAUUGAGAGAGCACCUAAGAAGACUGGGAGUUAUAGUGAACCAUCUAGAACCAAUGAUGCAUCUUACUCGAUCAUUCCAGAAUUGAUCUACGACGAUAAUCCAACUUUGACCCAGCCUCAAUCCCAGCAGCAUUCUCAUUACAACCCAACAGUAAGAAAUGGGCAGAGUUAUGAGCCAAAAACUGUAGCUUAUGAUGAAUAUGAUCCCACUGUUGCCCCAUCAGUUGAUUACAACCAAAGGUCACCACAGCAAGCUUCUUCAUAUUCUCCAGAGCCAAGUAAGAUCAUCGACAGCAAUGCACAAUGUCAGACCCCUUACGAUCAAACCAUAACUUACUACGGAAAUGAUCCUAACGAUAACAUCUAUGGAUCAAUCGAGCCUGUAAUGUAUGAUAAUGACAGAAAUUCACAACCUUCAUACUCCUCAGGUACCUCUUACAACGGCCGGAUCGAGCCUGUCCUCUAUGAUCAGCAAAGUAGCACCUCUACUUACCCUAGUCAGAACCAGUACCUGGCUGUCAACCCAGGGACGCACUCUUCCAGUUCUCCUCAGAGUUCGUAUUCUCCGUACCAGCAGCCUUCCUCGUACCAGCAACCUUCCUCGUACCAACAACCUUCCUCGUACCAGCAACCUUCCUCGUACCAACAGCCUUCUUCUUACCAACAGCCUUCCUCAUAUCAGCAACCUUCUUCAUAUCAGCAACCAAAUUCCCAACAGUCUUCAUCCCAACAGCCAACUUAUCAAUCCCUUAGACCAUAUGAAGAGCCUAGCAGAGAGGAGAACACUGUAGGGUAUACUUCCAAUGGUUAUGAUGGUGGAAGUCAGCCAGAAUACAACUCCUACAGCCCUUCUCAUCCUAUUAAUGAGGCAUCAUAUGGACAGACCCCAACUAACACUGGAAGUAAUAGCUAUGGUGGAAACAAUUACGGAUCCUCUACCAAUAACUACAGCGGAACUAGUGGAUCUGGUUCAACUAGCCCAGACCAGGAUCUUCAUUUUCCAGAUGGAUACUAG